UGCCGUGAGGAUCCAGUAGACGUCAUGAUUAUACUGGAUACAUCGACAAGUGUUGAGCAUGAGUUUUAUGCCGAGAAGAAAUUUGCAACGGAUUUAAUUGAAGUGCUACCUGAAGAACAGUUCGCCGUAAGUUUGUUUAUCAAUCAGCGUGUGCCCAAAUUUGCCAUAGGAAAUUUCGCAGCAAAUCUUAUUCAAUUCUCACUCACACUCAGGAAACAUCGCUUAAGCGCAUCAACUGAUAGCUCUCUCUAG